GUAUGGCAGUGAAAAUUGUCGCUUUUCGAUAAUAUAAUAAUAUAAUAAUAUGCAAUCACUCUCACUCUCUCUCUCUAAAAACUCUGAUUCUCUCUCUACAAUGUGUGUGUGUGUGUGUGUGUUGUUGGGAGCAGAAGAAAGUAGUAACACUGGUGGUGGACUCCUAAAUCUGUAAUGCAGGAUUCACAAGGGCACCAUCUUCUUCCUACGCAUCUACUACUAACACAGCCAUUGCAACGCCGUCGUUUUGCCUUUUAUCCUGCAACUGCUCAACCACAUUGCUCUUCCUUUCUCUUCUCACUAGCACCAUCAGCUCGUGAUCCGAAGAACUCCGCGUUUCAGGACUAAAGACUGUGUUUGAUCUGGUGGAAAGUUGUUUAGUAUUCCAAUGGAUAAGUAUGAAAUACUUGAACAGAUCGGAAAGGGGGCUUUCGGUUCUGCUGUUCUUGUGAGGCAUAAACUAGAAAAGAAGAAGUAUGUGUUAAAAAAGAUCCGUCUUGCCCGCCAAACCAAUAGGACACGUCGAUCUGCACAUCAGGAGAUGGAUCUUAUAUCAAAGAUGCAAAACCCAUUCAUAGUGGAGUAUAAAGAUUCAUGGGUUGAAAAGGGUUGCUAUGUUUGCAUUAUCAUAGGUUACUGUGAAGCUGGAGACAUGGCUGAAGCCAUAAAAAAGGCAAAUGGUGUCCAUUUUCCCGAAGAGAAGCUUUGUAGAUGGCUUGUUCAACUACUAACAGCACUGGACUACUUACACACGAAUCAUAUCCUUCAUCGUGAUGUCAAGUGCUCUAAUAUAUUUUUAACAAAAGAUCAAGAUAUUCGUCUUGGUGAUUUUGGGCUUGCCAAAAUGUUGACGUCAGAUGAGCUUACUUCCUCAAUUGUUGGUACUCCCAGUUACAUGUGCCCUGAGCUACUUGCAGAUAUACCAUACGGCUCAAAAUCCGAUAUAUGGUCCCUUGGAUGCUGCAUAUACGAGAUGACAAGCCUUAAACCUGCAUUCAAGGCAUUUGAUAUGCAGGCUCUCAUCAACAAAAUAAACAAGUCUAUAGUUGCUCCAUUACCUACUAAAUAUUCUGGUGCAUUCCGAGGACUGGUCAAAAGCAUGCUGAGGAGAAAUCCAGAACUUCGACCUAGCGCUGCAGAACUUCUGAAGCAUCAGCACCUUCGACCAUACGUGCUCGAUGUUCAUCUGAAGCUAAAUUCCCCAAGGCGUAACAGUCUUCCAUGUGAAUGGACGGAAACAGAAACGAAGAGCGCUAGGAAAAUUAGAUUUUCAGAGCCUGUUCAUGCCCCAAGUCCAGUGUAUAGAGAGAUACGAUUAUCAAGUGGAAAUGACAGGACUUUAAAUCCCAGUGUAUCUGAAGCUGAGCAAAGUUAUGGUUCUUCAACUAGGAUUACUGGGAGCAUUCCUUUCAAUCUGCAUCAAGGAACGAAAGAAUUUUCUGCUGGAAGCAUGCAUGAAGGGACUAUCAUUACAAAAAAUGUUCCUUCGAAUAUCGCAAAGAACCAUAAAGCUACACAAUCGAAGCCUUCACCUGCCACAAGAAAACCACAGUUUUCAAAGAAUCGUGAACUGCUUCCGACAACAAAAAGCUUGGUCAAGAAAUCCAUCACUACCAAUCGCAGAGCUUCUCUUCCUUUGCCAGCCAAAGAUGCAGACCGGAAACUCGGUCGCAGGCCCAGUGUAGGUCCUAUGUGGAACAUAGACAGUAUAAAGUCUCAAAAUGUUUCCGUAAAUGCCCCUCGAAUCGACAGGAUGGUUGAAUUUCCACUAGCAUCGUACGAGGAGUCCUAUCCUAUACGCAGAAGCUCAUUGGCCUCCGCACAAGGUUCGUCUAGCUCACCUCAAGGUGACCGUUCUAUCAUGAAAGACAAAUGUACAAUUGAGUUUCCAGAUAAAUCUAACGUGAAGAAUGGAAGUGACUGUUCCGAUCAAAACGCAACAGCUGGCGCGUCGAGCCGAACAUCGUCGGACCAAAGGCGUCGCCGCUUCGACACGUCGUCUUACAGGCAGAGAGCCGAAGCAUUGGAAGGUUUGCUUGAGUUCAGCGCAAGAUUGUUGCAAAACGAGAGAAUUGAGGAACUUGGGGUUUUACUAAAACCAUUUGGACCAGGGAAAGUGUCUCCGAGGGAAACUGCAAUCUGGUUGACCAAAAGCUUCAAAGGAAAUACCCUCCAAACAGAAGAAGUUUACCAAUGAAAACGGUGUAAAAGGAGGCUGGUAGGUUAUGUAUAGUUUGGCAUUUCAUAUAAGCCAACUUCCGAAUUAGUAGUUAAGUUGUUAAUUGAGAUUUUAGUAGUUGCUGAACGAGAUAGGAAAUAAAUUGUCCAACUUUUUUGCAGAUCUAUUACUUUUCAUUAAUAUCAAAAUCACAUUAUCGGUCCCUUACACCGUACGGGGUUUUUACA